AUGGGUUCCCUUCCCCCGGACUCUAACCCGCCGCGCCGGCCCCUCCACGAUUCCAUCCCUCCUCUAAUCCUAGGCACCGCUACCUUCAACACCCAAUAUGUUCCAAACCCCUACGAUCUACCAGCUAUUUCUAUUGUAUCGCGUGCGCUCGACCUCGGCGUCCGCGCUUUCGACACGUCACCAUACUAUGGACCAUCGGAGUUAAUCUUGGGUGAUGCCCUAGCUCAUCCCUCCGUCGCCAUGACAUAUCCUCGCUCCUCCUACUUCCUCGUUACUAAAGCCGGCCGUAUCGCCUCUGACGUCUUCGACUAUAGCCCCACCUGGGUUCGGUACUCGGUGCUGCGAAGUCUAGAGCGUCUACACACUAGUUAUCUAGACUUGGUUUAUAUGCAUGAUGUCGAAUUCGUCUCGCCCCCUGAGGUGCUAGCCGCCGUACGCGAGCUGCGUCGCCUACGCGCCGAGGGUAUUAUCCGUUAUGUUGGAAUCAGCGGUUAUCCCGUCGAGAAGCUAUGCGCCCUCGCUGAGAUGAUUCUCCUUGAGACGGGAGAGCCUCUCGAUGCUGUACUGAGUUACGGUCAUUAUACCAUACAGAACACGACAUUGGGUACUUCCGCUUUGACUCGGUUUGAGAGUGCGGGAGUCGACGUCGUCCUCAAUGCUAGCAUGCUUAACAUGGGCCUGCUAACUACGAGAGGCGCAGCUACCGGUCCCUUAGCCUCGUGGCAUCCGAGCCCGGAGGGAUUGAGAAAAACAUGCCAGGAUUUGGUAUCUAUCGCGGCAGAUGCGGAUGAGAAAUUAGAGGUUGUCGCUAUCCGGUGGGCAUUAGACAACUGGUCAAGAAUCGGCGCAUCUAAAGGUGGUCGUAUACGAAAGCUACCAGCUGGGGAUCGGGUCGGCGUAAGCGUCAUGGGUAUCUCGAGCAUUCCUGAGUUAGAAGAAACAUGCCGCGUAUUUCAGAGUGUAGUAGAGGGUCUCGAACCGGAGACUUCCGAUGUCGAGCAGUUGAAACGAAGACAAUGGAGCUUGGAUCGCCGCCAGAAGAUUCAAGGGGUAGUAGAAAAGAUGUGGAAGGUCUUGGGCCAGUGGAAGGACUAUAGCUGGACUAGUCCCGAACCUGGCUUCGUCAAUGCGAGAAAGCCUGCUGAUGUUGGCGUGACGCCAAACGACGGGAUUCUUGUCAAAUAUGCCGCCAAAUCUAAUGUGAGCGUGAACAUUGAGGAGUUACCGUUAUCCGUUAUUUAG